AAUUAUCAACAUGAAAUUUCCAAGUCAUUGGUCAUAUACCAAGGAAAACGACAAUUUCAACAUAUUUCAAGUACUGAGUGACAAAGGAAGUUUGGAAGUCGACAAAAGUUUGGUUCUUUGUAAAGGAAUUGUUUCCUAUCAUGUGAAGAAAUUUGUAGUUCCACAGAUUCUAGAAUUUCUGCUAUCUUUACUAGCAUCGAUUGCUAUGCUGGAAAACGUUAUCAACGUUUUUGAUGGAUUGGAAGUUUGUGGUGGAGUUACUGUUCCUAACGUAAAUUCAAAAAUUGUCCUCCAGAAAUUACAACAGAUUGAAUUUAACGAAGGUUAUGAAGACAGCGGUGUGUGGCGUUCUUACUCUUGUAAGCAUUUACUACAACCUCCAUCGUCCAAAUUUCCAAACGCAAUAAAGCACACUGCCUGCAAAGAUUGCCGUUAUUUCAAAGACACCCUCCGAAAGAAGAUAUGGAACCUUAACCAACAAAAAUUUGGAGACCAAUUGCUGAAAUGCAGAAAAGCAAGAAAGAAUGCUCUGAAGACAGCCGCACGGAAGUCUGCCGCUUUAAAGAGGGUUAAAUCGGAACUUCAUGAACUGCGCGCCAAAGCCUCUGUUCCUGUUAAUUCCAAAGAAGCCUUCGAUCAAUAUUUACUGAAUAUGGAACCUCAGGAACAAAUGGUUAUCAAAGCUAUUUUAAAGAAAUCUGAAUGUCAAGAGAAACAAGGGAUCCGCUACGACACUGAGUGGUUGUUCCAGUGCCUGCUGCUGAGAGUUAAGAGCCCUAAGGGUUAUGAUCAUCUUAGGGAAAAUGGAAUCCUUCCCUUACCAUCGCAUAGCACUAUUCAAAGACUAAUAAGGGGUAUUCCGGGUUCAUUUGGUCUUAACGAUUUUUCAAUCGAUGUCAUUGGGCGUCAAAAUGGGUGCAGCCAAUUGCUGUGUACGCAACCAGUGGCGCGGCCAGCUCAAAUGUGA